CACACACACACAUAGCACCCAAUCACAGCUCACCACCUUCAUCCACUGCUUUUUGAUUCUCUCUCCCUUGGUGGCAAAGUUUGUUUUAAGAUUCAUUCUUUCAACCUUCAUCACUUUGCUUUUUCAGCUUCCAUAUAAUUUCCCUCUUUUCCAUUUGGGGGGGCUCCUAUUCCUUUUUUGUGCCAAGUUUCUUUUCAGUAUUUCUUUCUCUUUUCUUGGUUGCUCAGCAUCAAGAAAAGGGAUUUAAAGAAAAGGAAAAAAAAAAAACAGUUUUGUUUUGUGUUUUUUUCUAAACAAGCUUUUCUUCUUUUUCUUCCACCACCCUCUUCCCUCAUAAAUUCAGAGUCUUUCUGCUCUUUCCUAAUUGGGUCUGUACAUUCAUUGUCUCAGGCUGCACCCCUUUUGCUGUUCCUUGGCUUCUAAUUGCUUUCCCAAUUGGGGUAAACUUAAAUUGAAGUGCAGAAAGACUUGUCAGAUUUUUCCCCUCUGAAAGUUGUCAUUUUUAUUUUGUUGGGAUUUGUUUUUUGACUGGAAUUUUGCUGUGUCUUAGUUCCAGUUUUUGGUAUCUGGGAGGGAAGUUCAUUGGGUUUAGAUCUCAUCAUAAGUGGUUCUAGGGUUUUCCUUUGGACCAAUUAGGUAAUAAUCUUGAACCUCAAUUUGGAGCAUUCCCUUUGAUUUUUUUACAAAGUGGGUCUUUUAUAGAUUCCUGAAGAGCAUGCCUCCUUUCCUACACAUAAAAAAAAGGCUAUUCUGAUUCCUUUCAAAAAAAUGCUUGUUGAUUUAUCCUUCAUAGUGUUGUGGUAAAACCUCCACCUCUGCUUCUCACAUAUCUCCCUCUCUCUCCUGCUCUGAAUCAACCCUGCUUCCCAUAAAGUUGUGCAAUCUUUCGAGUAAUAUCCACAAACACACACACCAAACCAAAAACCAAAAAACCAUCUUGAAUUUGCUCAAACCUUGUUCUUGAUGCUCCCAUAGUUUUUGUGUUCUUGUGUUGUGACUUUGGUGUGAUGAAGUGGGAAAUGGAGAUCCUCCCUCCUGCCUCACCUUACAUGUACAACACCAAUUGGCUUUUGGAUGAUAACAGGACCAACACCAAAUGGACCCCUGCAGAGAACAAGCUGUUUGAAAAUGCUCUUGCAGUGUAUGAUAAGGACACCCCGGAUCGGUGGCACAAGGUGGCUGAGAUGAUACCAGGAAAGACAGUUAUGGAUGUGGUGAAACAGUACAAGGAAUUGGAAGCAGAUGUUUGUAACAUAGAAGCUGGCUUGAUCCCGAUUCCAGGCUACAGUACCACCACCUCACCCUUCACCCUAGACUGGGUGAACACUCCUGGCUACGAUGGCUUCAAAGGCCUCACUGCUAAGAGAUCCUCCUCUGGCAGACCUCCUGAGCAGGAAAGGAAGAAAGGGGUGCCAUGGACUGAAGAGGAACACAAGUUGUUUCUACUGGGGCUGAAGAAGUAUGGCAAAGGUGAUUGGAGAAACAUUUCACGCAAUUUUGUGAUCACUCGAACACCAACUCAAGUUGCAAGUCACGCGCAGAAGUACUUCAUCAGGCAACUUUCAGGAGGCAAAGACAAGAGGAGGGCUAGCAUCCAUGACAUAACAACAGUGAAUCUCACAGAAACCACCAGAACUUCUUCAGAAGAUAGCAGCAAAAGAUCCACUUCACCACAGCAUUCUGUGAUGCUCUCACACCAGCAGCAGCAGCAGCAGCAGCAGCAGCCAAUUUCCAGUGCUGCCUCAUCAGGAGUGAAUUUCCAAUGGAGUAAUCAGUCAAAUGCAGGAGUGGCCAUGGCUCUGAAUCCUGCACAUGAACAAGUGUUUGUCUCCUCCCCUUAUGGCCUUAACUCAUAUGGGUUUAAGGUGCAGGGCCAAAGUCUGCACAGAAGUCCUCUCCAUGAGUCUUCUUACUUAGGACCUCAGACACCAAACAUGGUUUUCCAAAUGCAGCCCUCCCAGCACUAUUCCCAUGCAUGAUGUGGUGGUGGUGGUUGUGUUGAAUUAUUUAUGCCUAGAAACAGUGUCUUUUGCUCAGUGCACUCACUCUAGUACAGUGUGUGUGCCUUUUGCCAUGUUUUUAUGUGAAUACCUUACAUUAGACUAUUAGUUAGUUAUUGCCUUCUCGGUAUAUGAACUUGAAGGAAGGUGUUGAAAUUUGUUUCUUCAUCAACCUUACAUUUGUGAAAGGUGAGAGCUGCUAGGCAAAAAGAAGUACCAAACCUUGGUUUUUCGUUUAAGAAUAUUGGAUUUGAAGCUAAGUUUAGAAUGAAAUGUUAACUUUAAAGAGAAAGGGCCCCUUGUACUAUGGCAAGUUAUUUAUGUAUGAGAAGGGUAGUAGUAGUAGUAGUACUGUUGAUGCACAAUUGUAUUUAAAGGGCAAAAAAAUAGUAAGAAAUUUAGAGAUCCGUAAUCUA